AAUAGUGACAAAGAAGUUUAAAAAAUGAAGUAAGCAAAUAUGUUUCAAUUAAUAAAUAAAAAAAAAUAAGCAAAGAGCAUUUCAUUUCUUCUCCCUUCUUUUGUCAAAAAAAAAUUCUUCUCCCUUCUCGUAUGUUGGAAUGAUAAUACAUACUAUCACGCUCUAAAUCCCACGAACAUCGUGCACUAUUAGUUACUUGUGCAAUUUUAGAAGAAUGAGAAAACACAUUAGCAUCCACAUCAUCAAUCUUCUGCUUAUUCAUUUAAUUUAUCUUUAAAAUGUUCUAGCAAAACCAACCAAAAAUAGAACUAUUAGCUGUCACUAAUUUAUUAAAACAAUAUUACAAACUAAAUUGCAUAUAAACACGGUUUAUAUUUGUAGAGAGCUACAUACCCCCUUAAAAAACAAUGGUGUAUUUUUUUACCUAAUAACAACAUAGAUGAAUUGUAAAAACGGCAUACUUCAAUAGACCUCAACUCAUUGUAACUUGUAAAAUCUUCAUUCAUGAACACGGUUGAUGCAUCAACCAAAUAGUUGUUGUCAAGAAAACGAUCAGGCCAAAAUCAAGUUUUAGUUAGGGAUUCAAUUAGGCAAAAAUUCAUGCUAAGGAAACAAACAAAUGGCAUUGCAAACAUGUAGAAAUUGAAAGAACGUCGCCAUAGACAACUAAGAGACUACCACCACCAUUUUUUUUCUUCUUUGCACCUUUAUAAAACCUCACAUGUGUUCCAUUCUACUUAUAACCCCCUGCUAUGUUUUACUUUAUAAAACCUCACAUGUGUUCCCUUUAUAAAACCUCACAUUUCGUUGGGAAUAGAAAUCAUGGCGAAUAAAUUCUUUGUUGAUUUUGAACUCGUGUGUAAUGACAUCAAGAGCAGAAGGGAUUUCUUCUUCAGGAAGUGCAGCUUGUGAGGCAAUAGGAGACAUAUUUUGUGUUCUCGAGGUAUUUAUAUUUGGAAAAAGAGUUGUGGGAGGUGGUGGAGUAUAAACUGGCUGAGGUAUGUUGUUGGAGUUGUUGAUUCCUCGUAGAUCAUAGUUGAGUGUAUAGGAGGUAUGUCGAGUGGGUGUAGGUAUGGGAGAAAGAUUUCUACAAGAUUGGCUUCUAAGAAAAGUAUUGAUGCGCUGUCGAGCAUCGUCUAUCAAUUCAGGGUCUAUAUCAGAAAUGCUAGAGAUGGAGUUCCUAGCAAAAGAGAUGUUAACAAUACCAUCAAGAUCUUGAGUAAUUUGAUUAACCUGACGAUGGUCGAUGCUUCUGAGAAUGGUAGCUCCUUCAAGGGUCCAUUCUGUAGGAAGAGUAACUUCUCCCCAUUUGAUAGUUUUGGGAGUAACAGUGUUAGUACGAGUUAAAUCAGUUUGCCAAAGUAUAGUUUCUCCUUUUGUACCAUAUUGAAGAGCUUUAGAAGAGAAAGCAGAUUUCAUAGCUUUAUAGUGUAAGCGGUAAACCAAAGAGAUAGGUAAAGAUCAUUGUUGGAUUUUAUAGUUGAAAGUUUUUAUUUGUAGGGUAAAACAUCAAAAAUAUUAUUGUCAUGAAGAGAGACAGUAAAGUUUGGAAAACAAUUGAAGUAAAUUGGGCCAUUACAAAGACUUGAUUCAACAGUUCCAAGUAAAGAGUCGUUAAACUCAAGAAACCGAAAAUCUCGUAAAACCAUUAAAAUAACAGUAUUAAGGCCUUUUUUGGAUAGAGGCUUAAUCCCUACUUAAACUAACCCAAUAUGGAUAUAGUUGUACUUCUUUUUGUGUUGUUGAAUAGAAUUUUGAGACAAAAGUUUGAUAGUUUCAUAAUCAUUGAAAAGAUGAAUAUCUCUUUCUUCGGUUUUGAUGGUAUAAUCCAUUUUAUUGAGGAAGUUAAAUUUGCUUUGCUCAUAAAUUUCCUUUUGGGUAAUCCUAGGAAUUUGCCAAUUAUCAAUUUCUUUACUAACAGUUUCAAAAAUAAUUUCUUCUUGGUUGAUCACACGGUUCCCGGUGAUGUCAGAAUUAGAGGAAGAAGAGGAAGGUCUAAAAAUCGAACUCAUGACUAGAGGAAAGAAAGGUAAACAAAGGCUGGAUCUAACUUACAGGUGAGAUAGGUUAACGGCCAAAGACGGUCUUACAACUCUCUCACAAAGGAUUCAGCUAGGAUCUAACCAUGGGGUACCCAUCUCUCAACUAAUAAUAACUCUAAAUUGAAGGAUUUGCAGAUUUGCGAGUGGUUAAGAGCAAUAAUAGCAGGAAAUUUUUGGUUGGUGUUUGGGCUAGUAGGCCAUUGGCGAGGGUGGAUAAUUUGGUGGAUUUUGCAGGUUGAGUGGGUAUUGAGUGUUUUGUCUGAAGGAUCAAAUUUGUGGGAAAAGGUGACUGAUCCAGUUUCUGUGAGGAUAAGUUCAUAAUAUUUGUGGGUUUUGUUGAUGGAUCUUAUAUAUAUAUACAUAUAUAAAAAUAUUAUGUACACAUACUUAAUACUUUGCAUAACCACUCAAAAGUCAAAUGUAAGAUAAUUGUAUUUGUUGCAUGUAUUUAUAUUAAGGGUUAACUAUACUUUUAUGUUGAUUGUUAUGUGUUAUUCAUUAUAUAAAUAACAAAUUGAUGCACUGACUGGAAAAAAAUCCACUUAAUGAUAAGGUAAUUGUAUAUUGGUUAUUUUGGUCAACCAAUAACCAAACCGGUUAAACUUUAGUUUGGCUAAUUUGGUUGUUGUAUUAGUUUGGACGGUUUGGUUAUGAUAUUGUAUCCCAUGAUUAAUAGAAUUUAGACUUUUUU